AUGCAAGCUACUGGUAUGGGUAUUGUUAAGCCACAAGAGGUUAUCAGCAGCCACCGAGAGGCCGUGGUCUGGCUAGAGGUGGAAAUGAUACAGGCCAUAGUCGAGGAGCACUGGGCAAAAGUGCUAGACAUAUUGAGGCGAGGCAGCCAACACUGGUUUAUGCUGUACGUCACCGAGAGGACGAAGACAUCCCAAAUGUUAUUACAGGAAUUCGACAUAAUAUUGGGCAUGGACUGGCUGGUUAAGCAUCAGGCAAAUUUGGAUUGUGUUGCAAAGCAGAUGAUACUGAGAACUGAAAAGGGUGGUAAGGUAAUUAUAAUUAAAGAGCUUUGGAAUUAUCUGUCAAAUGUGAUUUCUGCAUCUAGGGCUGAGAAAUUGGUGCGUAAGGGUUGUGAGGCGUAUUUAGCCUACGUCAGUGCUUCAGGUUCUGAGAUUUCGUCUAUGAAAGAUAUCAAAAUAGUAAAGGAUUUUUCGGAUGUUAUUCCCAAUGAGUUUCCGAGGUUACCUCCUAACCGGUAUUAUAGAUGGUUUGCUGAGGGAUUUUUGUUGAUUGCUGCACCUCUGACUAAGUUGUUGCGUAAAGAGGUACUAUUUAAAUGGACUAAUAAGCAGCAGGAAAGUUUUGAGAGACUUAAGAAAGUUUUGGCUGAGGCCCCUGUCUUAAUACAGCAAGAUUUUAGAAAGGACUUCACUGUCUACAGCGUUGCAUCACAUGUUGGCUUAGGAUGUGUGUUGAUGUAA